UACAGCAGUUUUUAUUGCAGUGGCACUGUUAUUUGUGUUAGUUUUGUGUGUGCGCGCCUUGUGGUCCGUGCUUCUUGACGCACCAAUUCAGUGCUUUAUUCCAGCAGGGAAAAUUGUGAGAUUGCAGGUCAGGAGGAUGCCUGCUCUAGUGUACUGCUCAUUGAUUGCUGUUUUAUUGUGUCUUUGUGGAUACUUAAACACAACAGAUGCUACUCAAGAACAAACUGCAGUAAGGCCAGGAGAGUGUCCACCCCAGACACCUGGAAGCUCAUGUACCAGGUUCUGUGACCGUGACUCUAACUGUCCUGACGAUGAGAAGUGUUGCAGCAAUGGAUGUGGACGUUACUGUACAUCUCCUUAUACAGUGAAGCCGGGUCAAUGUCCCAAACCGAAGAGCGUUCCAGAAUGUGCUGAAAGCUGUUUCCAUGAUGGCCAGUGUCCUGCCACACAGAAAUGUUGCCCAACCACCUGUGGCCAUGUAUGUAGUGAACCAGAUGAUCAGGAAAGUGACCAGGGAAGUGGUCAGGGUUAUGGAAGUGGUUACGGGAGUGGUCAGGGUUACGGAAGUGGUCAGGGAAGUGGUCAGGGUUAUGGAAGUGGACAGGGAAGCGGACGGGGAAGGGGUCAGGGAAGCGGACAGGGUUACGGAAGUGGUCAGGGUAGUGGUCAGGGUUAUGGAAGUGGUCAGGGUUAUGGAAGUGGUCAGGGUUAUGGAAGUGGUGAGGGAAGCGGAAGGGGUCAGGGAAGUGCUCGAGGAAGGGGUCAGGGAAGCGGUCAGGGUUAUGGAAGUGGUCAGGGAAGCGGAUGGGGACAAGGUGAGGGAAGCGGACAGGGAAGGGGUCAAGGUUAUGGAAGUGGUCAGGGAAGCGGAAGGGGACAAGGUGAGGGAAGGGGUCAGGGAAGCGGAAGGGGACAAGGUGAGGGAAGGGGUCAGGGAAGCGGACAGGGUUACGGAAGUGGUCAGGGUAGUGGUCAGGGUUACGGAAGUGGUCAGGGAAGCGGACGGGGUCAGGGAGGUGCUUGAGGAAAUGUUCGGGCACGUGGUCCCAGUCAGGGAUGUGGUCUGGCACAUUAAUACGUGGGGUUUUUUACAUUAAUGCUUGCUGGAAGUCUUUCAAUUGAGUGCUUUUAUUCAUGAUUUCUUG